AUGAGUCUGCUACUUACUCGCCCGCGCUUCAUGCUGCCGACAUCAAAGACCGCAAAUUCGUCUUGCAAACGUCUCGAGUCCAUAUCUGUCGAUAUUCUGGUGGCCUUGGACAAUGACACCGCCGGCAAUCCUGCCUACAAGCAUCUGGCUCCAAAUCACCAAGCAGAAUUUCCAGGUGAUGGGGUCAAGCCACCUACCGCGCCCAUUACGACCCAUACAAAGGAGGCGUUCAUCAAGCUGCGAGCUGAUGCCGUUGCCCACCACCCCGAAAUCCAUCUGGAAGUGUUGGAUUCCGCAUCAACUGUUGACGACAAGCAGAACAAGGCUACCGUCUGGCUCAGAGGCUUCCUAACUAGUUACGAGUCUCCCGACAUGAUGACCCGCGAAAUGUGUUUCCGCAGCCUGACCGUCAUCAAAUCUCCAAAAACCAUCAAUCCAGAUGACUGCUGUAGGCCGAGGCUCACAUGCAGCAGCACGAGCAGCAAGACAUCCGCCAAGACUGUAGCCGAACAGUUCUAUCUUCUUCGUGUCGAUGUACGACCGCCUUUCGGUGGACUCAGCUUCGAUAUAGUCCACCAGUGGGCUUACGACGACCUCGCAAUCGUGUCUCCAACCGAUACGCUUCCCAUUGCGGAGGAAGGCGGGUUGACCAGGCCCUUCAUACAAAACAACAUUAUAUUCCCUCUGUUGCUAUCGAAGCCUCCACCGAGAAGGUGCCGGGCAAGUCAUGACCCAGUUCGUGGACACAUCGAUGUGCACGCCUGGAAUAGGAGGGCAGUCGCUAGCCUUCCUGCAAUACUGGCCCCAAAAAUUGCAAGUCUGGUCACUCCUGGGAUCGCUACGGUCGCCAUGAAGAAAGAAGUCGGCUACGAAGAAGUAGUGGCUGGCGCGGAAAUACACAUCCCUGAGUGUGAGCGGCGAGUGAGAGUCCGGCUUCGACUCAUCGAUGGUGGACAAUACCAGCAAUGCCAGAUUGUGCCAUUCGCCGUACCAUACUUCGAAGUGGCCAGUUGCUUCGAUAAGUUUCCGCCAGCAUGCCGAGGCCAACGAGAUCGAUCGAAUCGUCUCCUAGUGGAAAUUGCUAUCGCCGUGUAG